AUGGCAGGCACUCGUGUUACCCCAUUUGAUCGUGAAUUUUGGAUCUCCUUGUCCGAGACCCAACCAUCCUCUCGGUUUAAAUGGUACCAAACGGCAAUCAUGGCCUUGGGCGCACUGAAUUAUCCCGAGGAGAUCCCGAACGUUUACAAUCUCCUGUUAGAAAAGUAUAUCCCGAAAGAGAGUCAGUUUCAAGAGACACAGAAGAUUCGUGAAGGGUUAACCAAAUUGUGUGGAAUUAUGGGAGCUGCUAAGACAGGAACCAGCCUUCGUCAACUAGCGGCUGCUACACCGUCCGAACUCGUGGAUCCUACAUAUCACCGAGAAUCCGACACGCGGGAAAAGGCUCUUGAGCGAGGUCAACGGAUGCUUUCGAUGAUCUACGGCAAAAUCCCUGAUUAUGAGGGGAGUGGCACCUUGAGCGCAGGUCCUGAUUACUAUCACAUCGCGAGAGAGCUGUUGUAUGGUUAUAUUUUCUCAUUUGAUGCCAUCCUGGACAUCCCGGAGACACAGCAAGUGAUUGUUUCAGCUUUACUGGGGAUUGAUUGUCCGGAACAGGCGAGAAAUCAUAUGCUGGGCUUUCUGAUGAAUGGAGGUCAGCAGGAAGAUUUGGUAUUUAUUCGUGAUAUUGUAUCUCGAAUUGCUGAGCGAGGUGGUGUGCACCUGCGCAGGGUGGCUAAAUUUGAGACACCAAAGCUUAAUUUGUAG